AUGGACGGCAACAAAAUUAGAGAUUAUGACAGCAUAACAUCUUUUCUUGGAUCUUGGGGACCUUUUCAGCGAAGGAUUUUUUUAGCAUUGGCCGUCAGCAUCCUCCCGAAUGGGUUCAUUGGUAGCUAUAUAGUAUUUAUAGGUGCUAUCCCAUCUCACAAGUGCUAUAUCCCAGAAAACUACAGCAUCAGUGAGAUUUGGAGAAAUGUGACAAUCCCUUUGGAAACGGUCGAUGGAAUUGAAAAGCGUAGCUCUUGCUCUAGGCUUAAUUUAGACAUUGUCAGUAACUACUCUCAAAACAAUAUCAUCCCAAACAUGGACGUGAAUGUGAGUGAAAUUCCUUGGGAGAGCUGUCUGGAUGGGUGGACAUACAGCAAAGAAUUCUACCAGUCAACCAUUGUCACAGAGUGGGACUUGGUUUGUGACAAUGGAUACAAACUUCCCCUGGCCACCUCUAUCCAAUACAUUGGUGUGCUAGUAGGAGCACUUGUUUCAGGCCAGAUGUCUGACAGGUAUGGAAGGAGGCCAGCACUCUUUCUGAUGAUGAUUCUUCAGACUGUAGCAGUCACAGCACAGAUAUUCUCCCCAAACUGGGAGAUCUUCAGCUUUAUUUUUUUCUUUGUGGGUGCAGGGGGAUACUCCAACUAUAUCGUUGCAUUUGUGCUGGGUACAGAAAUUCUAGACCCAAAAGCCAGAGUGGUCUUCUGCUCCCUUGGAGUUUUCAUGGGCUCAGCCUUGGGAUUGUUGGCAAUGCCAGCUGCAGCUUACUUCCUCCGUGACUGGCGCAUGCUGCUAAUUCCCAUGGCUGCCUGUGGCCUGAUAUACAUCCCUCUAUGGUGGUUAGUCCCAGAGUCCCCUCGCUGGCUGCUCUCUCAGGGAAGAGUGAAGGAGGCUGAGGCCAUACUGAGAGACGCUGCCAAGAGUAACAACAUAGAAGUGCCACAGUCCAUAUUUACACAAGCUGAGGUCGAUAAUGCUCUGGCUAGGAAAGAUGAGAAACAAAACACUUUUGUUAUCUUGAGCAGCUGCAAUUUAUUUUCUGUUACAUUACUGUGUUCACUUUUGUGGAUAAUCAUCACCAUCGGCUACUAUGCUUUACUCCUAAACACAUCAAACCUGAACGGCGACCCUUACUUCAACUGCUUCUUGUCUGCCAUAGUGGAAGUGCCUGCUUACAUAAUAGCCUUGUUACUACUCCGGUACUGCUCCAGGCACUUCUGCCAGUCUUCUACACUCUUCCUUGGAGGCACCAUGAUCCUCUUUGUUCACCUCAUUCCAAUAGGUAAUGAUUUGCUCUCUAUAUACCCAGUUUGCCUGUGAUCCUUGAGAUAUUGGGGAAAUUCGGCAUGACUUCUGCAUUCUGUGUGGUGUACUCAGUCACAUCAGAGCUCUUCCCC